AUGGCAUCAUAUUUCACACGCGAAAAUCUGAAAUCUUCCAUUAUGAAUCAAUCACAAAAGGUUGGAAAUCUUGUCAAAAGUACAGCAGAUUCUGCUAGAACAAGGUGGAAGGAGAGUUCCACAAUUUCGAAAGUAUGUAUCAUUGGCGGAGGGGCUGCUAUAGCGGCUCCACUAGCCAUAAUACCUGCCUUAGGUGUGGUAGGAUUUACAUCGGCUGGCGUGGCAGCUGGUAGCAUUGCAGCAUCAAUGCAAACAGCGACGACCGUAUCUGGAAGUCUGUUUGCUUUAUGUCAAUCUGCUGGAGCUGUUGGAGCGGUAGCUGCAUCGACUUCCGCGGGUGUGGGGCUCGUAGCUGGUGCUACUGCUGGUGGCGUAACAGCUGCAGUUUGCAAGACGAAUGCUCGUCGUCCGAACAAUGACGAUAAUGAAUUAGUUGAAGAUGAAGAUGAAGAUGAAGAUGAUCAAGGUGUUAGCAAUGAACAGUCGGAUUCCGUUAAUGGUAUCGAGCUCACAGCUGGUGCUUCUGCUGGUAGUGUAACAGUUACAGUUUGCAAGCAGAAGCCUCAUAGUUUGAACAAUGACGACAACAACGAAGAAGCGGAUGUUGGUGAAGAGGAAGAGCAUCAAGGUGCUGACGACAAGCUGUCUGAUCCCUUCAAGACAAACGUGGAAUAG